UUCGAAGCUUAGACCUAAAGAUUCCAACAAUGGCGAGAAUAUCAGAUCUUCCACGGGAUUUGAUAGAGGAGGUGCUCUCUAGGGUUCCGUUGACAUCUCUGAGAGCGAUUCGAUUUACUUGCAGAAAAUGGAACGAUUUAACCAACGAACGGAGCUUUACAGAGAAGCGAAUCAGUGAAGCAGCAAAGAAGAAGCAAGCGAAGGAGUUUCAGGUGAUCAUGAUAAUGAAAUCUAGGGUUUAUCUAAUGAGCAUCAAUCUCUAUGGACUUGAAACCAACGUUGAUCCAUAUUUAAACUUCAAAGGUGAACUUAUCAGCCUAAACGAUGCAAAUCAUCAAGUCGAUAUAUCAUCAGUCUUUCACUGCGAUGGUUUACUCUUAUGCAUCACCAAAGACAUAAGUUCUAAGGUGCUUGAUGUGAGUCCUGACUGGAGUAUAGAUUUUGGUCACCGUGGCUUGUCUCUUACAGGCAAUUUAGAAGAGAUGAACUAUUUCCUGAUCUGUUUUGAUUUUACAACAGAGAGAUUUGGACCUAGACUGCCUCUGCCGUUUCACGCUUUUGGUUAUGAUCAAGUGACUCUCUCUGGUGUUGGAGAAGAAGAGCAGCUUUUGGUGUUAUUUCAGCACUAUUAUACAAUGAGGUUGCAGAUUUGGGUUACGAGUAAGAUUGAGCCUAUAGAUGUGUCUUGGAAUAAGCUGUUCUUAGCGGUUGAUUUGACGCUGCUCACUGGUUUCGAGUUUCUAACUGAAGAUACGAGUUUCUUUAUUGAUCACAAGGAAAAUGUUGCGGUGGUUUUUGAUAAAGACUGUGAAAUUGCUACCACUAGCAACAUAGCUUACAUCAUUGGAAAGAAUGGAUGCUUCAAAGAAGUGGAUCUUGGCGAAUCUACAUGCCCAUUUUUGUGUUCUUAUGUUCCAAGCUCAGUGCAAAUCAAGCAGAUAUAAACUACUUAGUCUAUUGACAUAGCCUACUUGUUUUCUAAUUCGUCAUCCUAAAGAUCGACCAUUGUUAUCACUACUAGUUAUCUGGCUUACUCAACAUGGCCUUUGCUUCUUUUUACUUUGU